UAUUAACAAUUAUUAAUUUUUUAAUUCAAUAUUUCAAUAAGAUUAUAAUAUAAAUUAUUAAUUUUUAUUUUCCCAUGUCGGUUAUGCAUCGAUACUGAUUUCCGAAUAGUCAUUUUUAUAAUUUUUUGUUUUUUGAAAGUUAUUCUAGAUAUAAACGUAAAAAAGAAAAAAAAAAUAGUCGAAAAUGUUUCAAUUUGUAAAAUGUAGUGCAUUACAACUAACCAGAAACAUUAGAAUACAGAGUAGAAAUUUUGCCGGUAGUGCCAAUGUCGAAACGCUCAAAGACGGUGAAAAUAUUCUGCAUCAAUCUUUACAAAAAAAGUUCCCUCUUGCUAAAGAAAUUAAAAUUAAAGACAUCUCAGGAGGGUGUGGUGCCAUAUUUGAAGUAUUUAUUUCAUCGUCAGAAUUUAAAGGAAUGAAUAUUGUAAAGCAGCACCAACUUAUAACUGAAGUUUUAAAAAACGAAAUAAAGUCCAUGCAUGGAAUAAGAAUACAUACAGAAAUUCCUAACGAGUGAAAAAAACAUUUAAAAAUUAUUGUACAAAUAAUUGUUAAAUAAAAUAAAUAUCUAGACAAUUUUAAUUUGAAGAUUAUAUAAUGUCUAAAAAUGGUUUGUUUUUUACAUUUUUCAUUUAUAGUGUAAUAUAGUUGUUUUUCGUUUUCCAAAAUAAAUUGAAGUGCUUAUGUA